CGGAAAGGGACGCGGAGCGGGCGCCGCGCGCGGCGGGCAGGGAGACGCCGGCGUGCUCCCGCGGCCCGCAGAGCGCCGGGCAGGUCUGCUAAAAAAUGACAGAGUAUAAGCUUGUUGUCGUUGGAGCUGGUGGUGUGGGCAAGAGCGCCUUGACAAUACAGCUCAUUCAGAACCACUUUGUGGAUGAGUAUGACCCUACCAUAGAGGAUUCCUACAGAAAGCAAGUAGUAAUUGAUGGGGAAACCUGUCUCUUGGAUAUUCUUGAUACAGCAGGUCAAGAAGAAUAUAGUGCAAUGAGGGACCAAUAUAUGAGAACAGGAGAAGGCUUCCUGUGUGUAUUUGCUAUAAACAAUACAAAAUCUUUUGAAGAUAUUCACCAUUAUAGGGAACAAAUAAAAAGAGUUAAAGACUCUGAAGAUGUCCCAAUGGUGCUAGUAGGAAACAAAUGUGAUUUGCCUUCCAGAACAGUAGAUACAAAACAAGCUCAGGACUUAGCAAGAAGUUAUGGAAUUCCUUUUAUUGAAACAUCAGCAAAGACAAGACAGAGAGUGGAGGAUGCUUUUUAUACAUUGGUGCGAGAGAUUCGACAAUACAGAGUGAAAAAAAUCAGCAAAGAAGAAAAGACUCCAGGGUGCAUGAAAAUUAAAAAAUGCCUUGUAAUGGGUGUUGACGAUGCCUUCUAUACAUUAGUUCGAGAAAUCAGAAAACACAAAGAGAAGAUGAGCAAAGACGGUAAAAAGAAGAAAAAGAAGACAAAGACAAAGUGUAUAAUUAUGUAAAUACAGUGUAUCCUUAUUCUUAAGACGUACUGAAGUAAUUUUUGUACAUUACACUAAAUUAUUAGCAUUUGUUUUUAGCAUUACUUUACUUUCUGCUUCAUGAUCCUGUUAGCUUUACCUGAAUGCUUGUUUUAAAUGACAGUGGAAACUUCAUUCCUCUUAAAGUGCCAGUAUUCUUUGAGUGUUGGUUCUUGAACUAGCAAUGCCUGUGAAGAAAAAUAAAAACAGAAAAAAAACCACACAAAAACCUGAGAACUGUCUUAGGACUCUUUGGUGCAUGCACAGUUGCUAACUUACUACUUUUCUUACUGAUUGUGAACUUCUGUUCUGUGUGUAAACAAAACAAUGAAAUGAUGCUCUACAUGUUCUAACAUCCCCCUUAAUUUUUACUAUUUUUUAUUUUUUAAAUCUGGUUGGGAAAACAGACUAGUUAGCAAAAAAAGAAUUUAUUUUCAGAUUUUCUUUUAGUUUAGACUGACUGCAAUAUAGAGAGACCAGAAGCCUUUAUAGUCUUCCUGUAGAUUUUGCUUCUAGGCAUCUAGUCUUGUAGCAUUUCAGAUCAACUUUAUUGAAUGUAAAGAUAAAACUUUCACAAAAAAAUUUUUUCACUGCAAUUUGUCUCAGUCACUCCUUAAAUACUAUAUUUUUUCUAUUAAAAAAAAAAAAAGAAAAAUUAAAAAAAAGACACUAAUGCACAUCUGGCAAUGGAAAAAGUAAAAGUUCUGAUUAGAUUGAUUUCCUGUUGUUAAUGUAUUGCUUUAAAACUUUCACUGAACUUUUUCUGUCUGAAGACACCAAGGUGAAAUCUUAGCUCUGCUGAGCUCCCAGUGGUAAAUCUUCAGGUAGUUCAGUAGGAGGAGAUUUCACCCUUAGUGUCUCCAGAAAAUACUAGAAAGCCUUAAUAGAUAAGUUGAUUCAAUUUCUUAGGUUACUUCAUACAUGGAUCCAGAAUUUAUCAUAAGAAUUAAGUCAGAAUGAAUCCUAAAUUAUAUAGUAAAUCAAAACCAUUUGAUUUUUUUUCCCCAAGGGUGGCAUGAAAUGUUUCCACAUGCCCAUUUUAUGUAAAAAUAGGAGCGGAAUUUUAAAUUCUAGUAACCUCAAAUCAGUGAAUGAAUGAGCUUGAACUUAGCUGCUUCAUGCAAAUAAUUUGGAAAUCCACUAUGCCAUAAAAAUGGUGUGGAAUUUGCACUAAUCUUCAGCAUAGAACAUGGUUUCCAGAUUCAGUGUUGUUUAUGUGAUGUCUGUGAAGUGCUAGUUCUGUUGCACAGAUUAAAUGGUUGGUGAGUGGCAUUCCAAUGUCUAGACUGUCAUGAAAAUAGACCAAGGUUUUAAUGUUGUCUUUCUCCGUGAUUAAGUCUCUUGUGAUUCUUUUUUUUUUUUUUUUUUUUUCCUUUCC